AAUUUUUUCGACGGAAUGGGUGGAGAAGACGGACUGAGACUAUUUAACCACCGGCCGGUUUUAUUACACUAUCGAUGAUCACGUUCAGCAUACACACAACGAACACUAACAUCAUGAACGACUACCAAGUUCUUACGAUAUUUGCUACUCUCUACAUUUGUGAGUGUUUGGGUAGCCCAGUUACUCCGACUGGCCAACCCAUUCCAAUUUUGAAACAAGUCAAUAGGCAAAAUGAAGACGGUUCGUACAGUUAUGGCUAUGAAAACGCAGACGGCACAUUCAAGAUCGAAACAAAGAGCCCCACCGGUGAAGUUCACGGCAAGUACGGUUACGUGGACGAAACUGGCAAAUUACGAACUGUCGAAUACGGCGCGUCCUCCGCUCGUGGAUUUGAACCGGUCGGUACUGAUAUAAACGUCCCUCCGCCAGUCAUAGGAGGUGAAUCAAAUGAAAUGCACAGGGACCAGCCGCUACAGCAAGCGCAACAACAAGACGACUAUGACGACGGGCAAUACCGCGAAGAUCCCAGCAUUUACUACAGGUCCGAACAACAGCAGCAAAUGCCUGUCGCUCGUCAACAACAGCAGUUCGCUUUGCAACAACAAAGAUUCGCUCAACAACAACAACAACACUUACAGCAACAACAAUUGCACCAACAACAACAACAGCUUCUUCAACAGCAGCAGCAACAAUCACAACACCUACCCUGGUACAGUAGCCCCAUGUCCAGAUCAGACAACAAACAGAAAUUUCCAGGGCAUCCAUCAAUCCAACAUUACGACCCAUUGACUGGGUCAUUUGCACUGGCCUACACGGGCAACUGAUUCCUUACUUGAAUGUUAAAUAAUAUAAUGUCUGUUUUUAUUGUGCAAUUAUACUUUAUUUGUAUUAUUGAAAUAGUUAAAUUUUAUGAAUAGAAAUUUUUUUUAUGAAAUAAAAAGAAGUUUUUUUUUUA